AUGCCUCCCAAGAAAGCUACCGGCACCACCACCAAGAAGGCCGCCCCGUCGGCGCACGCCUCCUACCGUGACAUGAUCAAGGAUGCUAUUCUGAACCUGAAAGAACGCAAUGGUAGCAGCCGCCAGGCCAUUAAGAAGUAUGUUCAAUCGAACAACAAGAUCAAUGUCGCCACCCAGGCCAUCUUCGAUGCCCAGUUCAACAAGGCCAUCAAGGCCGGUGUUGAGAAGGGCGAGUUCACUCAGCCCAAGGGUCCCUCUGGUCCCGUGAAGCUGGCUAAGAAGGAGGCCAAGCCCGCGGCGAAGCCCGCCGCGAAGACUGCUGCUAAGUCUGCUGCCCCCAAGAAGGCUACCGCCACCAAGAAGGCUGCUCCCAAGAAGACUGCCACUAAGGCGACUGCCGCCAAGCCUGCCGCGAAGAAGGCCACCACCACCAAGAAGACUGCGGCCAAGCCCAAGGCCAACUCUGGCAAGGCUCGCAAGACCUCCACGGCCGCCCCCGCCGUUGUUGAGCAGCCCAAGGUCAUCGGCAAGACCAAGUCUGGCCGUGUCACCAAGACCACCGCCCAGCCCAAGGCUGCGCCAAAGAAGAAGGCCGCUCCCAAGAAGUAA